AAAUUUGUAUAUUAUAAUAUUUGGGUAAAAUGUGAAACUACGUGAUAAUAUGAGGGCAUAUUUGAAAGUUUCCCAAAUUAAAUAUGAAAGCAGCUUUCUAAGUCCGAUACGAGAUCGCCGUUUCUAGGGCUCUUUUGGUGUCCCUCUACCUCUCGCGCUUGAAUCCUGUAAUCGCUAACACAGUUCGUCAAAUUUCAGGUUUUUUGGGCUCGUAGGCUUUUUCUGUAUCUCUCAGCAUUUUUCAAUUUCAUAAAACAUGGCGGAGAUACAGUCAAAUGGAAGGGCAUAUGAGUCAUUAUUGGAAAAGGUUCUUUCAAUGAACAUUCUUUCUUCUGACUAUUUUAAAGAGCUCUAUGGUUUAAAGACUUAUCAUGAGGUAAUUGAUGAAAUCUACAACCAAGUUAAUCAUGUGGAGCCGUGGAUGGGUGGGAAUUGCCGUGGUCCUUCAACAGCGUAUUGUCUUCUCUACAAAUUCUUUACCAUGAAACUUACAGUGAAGCAGAUGCAUGGACUGUUAAAGCACACAGAUUCUCCUUAUAUUAGAGCGGUGAGUGAAUCUCUUAACCAUCUUUUUUGCAUUAUUGUCCUGCAUAAAGUAUGAGCUACCGUGAUGCUAUAACCUUGUCUUUUUGGUAUUGGUUUUCUUAGUAGAAUCUUAAAAUAUGUCUUUCCAUCUUCUGGCUUCUUCUUGAUUUUCAGUAAGAUCUAGAAAUCUAACAGUGUGUGCUGCUUGUUCCUAUACCUGUUCCUCCUGUUACUUGUUACCAAGCUGAGUUGUUCUUAUUAGUCAAUUUUAACCCGAAAAAGGUAGGUGUUCCUUUUGAUUGUCAAAUAAUUAUAGAGCAUAUUACAGUCAGGUAAUAGCAUUCCUUACCUCUGGGUUCCAUCUGAAACUAUUCUUUUCUCAUCCCGUAUUGAAGGUAUGAGCGUACACAUAAUUGUUCUCGUGUUUUCAUAGCAGAUUUUCACAACCACAAUCAAAGUUGGGAUGUCAUUCUUUCUUUGAGUUGCUGAGACUUUCUCCCACCAAAAUAUAUAAGACCUUUCUUUGCUAGGAGUAUCCGCAUAUCAAGGUUUGAGGUGUCUUUUCUAUUUUAGCUACUCUAUCUCUCUAGGAUCACCUCUCUGCCCAUUUAACAGUAUAGAACGUAGCUACUGACAAAUAAUCUGUUUAUGAUACCCGGUGUUCCAGAUAAAGUUCAGGAUAUAUCUGAAGUGUUUUCUUUUUAAUGAGACAGUGCAUACAUGCUUCCUUGGUGUAUGGGAAGUUAUGUUUGUCUUGCAUUUUAUAUCAAUGUUUGUUUUGCUUUGCGUUUUUUUCAUGUUACAACAACUUGUUUGAUCUGUUUUACAUGUCCAUUGCUUUUGAUCUAACCACAGGGUACUGAAUGUGCAGGUUGGAUUCCUAUAUUUAAGAUAUGUUGCAGAUGCAAAGACGUUGUGGACAUGGUAUGAACCAUACAUUAAAGAUGAUGAGGAGUUUUCACCAGGAUCAAAUGGACGGAUGACGACAAUGGGUGUUUAUGUACGUGAUUUGCUGCUUGGACUGUACUACUUUGAUACUUUGUUUCCUCGUAUACCUGUUCCUGUCAUGCGCCAGAUUGUAUCAAACCUUGAGAAGAUGAAUUUACCAACUAAACCUUCUGGUUCAACCGGAGACAUGACCCGUGGCUCAGAAGACACUGCCCGUCGUCCACCAUCAGUAAAAGCAUCCCUCUCUGUUUCAUUUGGUCAGCGUGCACCUCAUCGUGCUUCCACCAGAGGCUCUUCUCCUGUUCGCCGUCCUCCACCGACUGGUUAUGACAGAAAUGGAGGCGAUGAAGUACAACAGCGGUCCCCACGUAGAAGCCAGAGCCGAGACUAUUAUUCUGACAGAGACUCAGAUAGACAACGGGAAAGAGAGAGGGAGAAAGACCGCGAAAGAGAGAGGGGGAGGGAUAGAUACAGAGAAAGGGAAAGGGAUUAUGGUAAUGAUAGGAGAUCAAGGCGUGACUAUGAUAGUAGAAGCAGGCGCAAUGAUUAUGAGGACGACAGAAGUAGACAUGACCGGAGAAGCAGGAGCAGAAGCAGAAGUAGGAGCAGGAGUGUGCAGAUUGAGCGUGAACCGACUCCUAAAAGAGAUAGUAGCAACAAAGAGAAAUCGGCGGUGACAGUGAACAGCAAUCUCGCAAAGCUAAAAGAUUUGUAUGGAGACGCAAGUAGUCAGAAAAGGGAUGAAGGAUUUGGAACAAGGAAAGAUUCAAGUUCAGAAGAAGUGAUAAAGCUUGGUGGUUCCUCUUGGAGGUGAAAAAACAAACAGAACAAAACCAAACUGUGGAUUUAAAAUGCUUCUUCUAUUUAGCAGGAUGAUGCAUGUUGUUUAACUAUACUGUUUUGAUUUCCAGCAAACUAUUUGUCAUAUGCUUGAUAUUACAGUUUAAGAGUUGAUCUUUAUCUUGAAUUUCUGUAGACUAUGUGUUGGGUUUUAACUUUCCUACAUAUUUUGUGUGUUUCUCAGUCCACAUUUAGAUUCAGCUAAAAAUAUCAUCUGUUGGAGGUAUAAAAGAAGAGAAAUUAUUCACA